AUGAACCAGGAGGAACGGAAGAUCGUGCUGCUGGGGAAAACUGGUGUUGGGAAAAGUGCAACAGGAAACACCAUCCUGGAUAGAAAUGAUGCAUUUAGAUCAGAACGAUCUUUAGAUUCUGUAACAGAACACAGUGAAUGUAAAGAAGCUGUGAUAGGAGGAAAGUUAAUACGUGUGAUUGAUACACCAGGAUUAUUUGACACAAAAGAACCUCAAGAUAAAAUAGCGAUGCAGUUGGGCAGGAGUGUUUAUCUCUCACAACCAGGAGUUCAUGCUUUCAUUCUGGUUUUCAAAUUUGAUCGAUUUACACAACAGGAAGUAGAAAUAAUUAAAAGCUUACAGAAGGUUUUUGGUAAGAAUAUUAUUAGCCACAUGAUCAUUUUGUUUACUGAUGCUGAGGGUUUCGGGGAGGAAGAAAUAAAUAGAAACACAAAUAAACAUCUCAGAAGGGUGUUAGCUCAGUGUGGAGGAAGAUUUCACAUCUUUAAUAAUAAAGAUCCACAGAACAGACAGCAGGUCACUGAACUUCUGCAGAAGAUAAACAGGAUGGUGCAGCAGAAUGAAGGAAGGUUCUACACUAAUGAGAUGUAUGAGGAAGCACAGGGCUCAACCUGGGAGAAAUUCAGGGAGAAACACAAGGAAUUCUUUUUAUUUGCAGCUAGUGUUUUAGCUGUUGUAGUGACACUGCCAGUAACUGUUUUUGAAAGGUUUGUGGCACUGAUAAUGGAAUUAUUUAGGCGGUAA